AUGCCUGAAACCCCAGCCGGACACCGAAUGCCCGCCGAGUUGCUUCUUGAAGUCGCCAAGUGGAUGGACAAUCGAACGCUGAGCCGGCUUUCCCGCACCUGCAAAGGCUUUAAGGAUGAAUUCAGGGACCACCUACGUAAAAGAGCCAUCGCGUAUGCCGUGCCCACGCUCAACCCGAAGUAUUGGGAGAAUGAGUUUGUCGACGCCGUCCGGCAAUCGCACGGCCGGAGCGACGAGAUCUCCGCCAUCACCCGCUCCGCCCUCGCCCGCAUAUUCAGCGACCAGGUCUGGGAGGGCUCGCGGUCUCAGUUCGAGGCCUUCCUGCCGCGCCAGCCCCUCUACGAUGCCAUCCGGCGGAGCCAAUACGACACCGUCGAGCGGCUGCUGCGUGGCGGCGGCGUGAACGUUGCCAAUGGCCAGAGCUUCUGGGACGAGCCGAUGCUGCACAUCGCCGUGGAGUUCGGGCACAUAGAGGCCGUCCGCUUGCUCCUGGAGCACGGAGCAGACCCCAACGUCGAAGAUGAGGAGCAGGUCCGUGCCCUGGACAUAAGCCCGCCGCGGUGCCCACGCGCGGCGAUCUACCGCCUGCUCGUAGACGCCGGCGCCAUCCCCAGCUCCCUGCACAUGUUCGGAAUGGAUGUCUUGGACCUCAAGGGCGGGGCGUGUCUCCUGCUCGACGCGCUCGAGAGCGCACGCGGCACCGGCCUUCCCGAGCCCCAAUGGUGGGCGAUCCUCGUCAGUGCCAUGCACGGCGAGUACCAGGAUUUCCUGGAGGGAAUUUUUGAUCAUCGACCCGGCCUGUUGCAGCUCUCGCGCGAGGACUCCGUCGAGCAGAAGGUCACGCUGUUUGAUAUAGCUGUCAAGCUCGCCCGGUUUCAGAUCGCCGCGCUUGUCGUGCGAAAGGGGGUCCCCCUGCACGACGCGCCCGCGGAUUACUAUUUCAACGACGGCAAGAUGAGACGCAUCCAUGUUCCGUAUAGAGAAGUGUGGAAGGCGUUGUUUACCCGGGCUCCUGGGGAGCUGCUAGACGCUCUGCUAGAGAGGCCGGAGCUGCGCGAUUACGAAUUCAAGGACGCCAUUCGUGAGAGAGCGAGUGUGAUGCGUAACUUACUAGGUUGA